ACAACAGAAAUGGCGGCUAAGGAGACCAAACCCACUGACAUACACAAGGUUGAUGCUGAUCCUUCUGGUGUAGACAAGGAAAAUGAACCUUUAAUAGUAACUGAUGGUGAAAAGAAAAGGGAAGAUAGAGAAGAAGGGAAAAAUGAGGGUGAUGAUAUAAAGUUAAACAUCGGAGAGCAGUAUAUGGUGCGGCGUGCUGACGAGACCUGGCAGGCAGCCGAGAUUAUCCAGAGGCGAUACAAUGAUGUGGAAAUGCAAGAUGAAUAUUAUGUUCAUUAUGAUGGCCUUAAUCGUCGACUGGAUGAAUGGGUCACUAAAGAGAGAAUUGAUUUGUCCGAGUUAUAUCAGCGAGGAGACAAGACUUUGACAGGCAAUGACCUCCUUAAUGACCAAACAGCAGGUAGAAAAAUCACAAGAAAUCAAAAACGGAAGCAUGACGAAAUUAAUCAUGUACAAAAGACAUAUGCAGAUAUGGAUCCAACUACUGCUGCUUUGGAGAAAGAACAUGAAGCUAUCACAAAGGUCAAAUACAUUGAUAGAGUGCAGAUUGGCAGAUUUGAAAUUGACACUUGGUAUUUUAGCCCAUACCCAGAAGAAUAUGGCAAAGUCCCCAAGUUAUACAUCUGCCAGUACUGCCUUAAAUAUAUGAGACUGGAGAAAACUUAUAGAUAUCAUUUGAGUGAAUGCACAUGGAGACAGCCUCCUGGCCGUGACAUUUAUCGGAAGGGAACUCUGAGCAUCUAUGAAGUGGAUGGUGCUGACCACAAGAUUUACUGUCAGAAUUUGUGUCUUUUAGCCAAAUUGUUUCUUGAUCACAAAACACUGUAUUUUGAUGUUGAGCCAUUCCUAUUUUAUAUUCUCUGUGAAGUGGACAAGCAAGGUGCUCAUUUGGUGGGUUACUUUUCAAAGGAAAAAGAGUCUCCAGAUGGGAACAAUGUUGCAUGCAUUAUGACACUGCCACCAUUCCAAAGAAAAGGUUAUGGAAAACUCCUAAUAGCUUUCAGCUAUGAACUAAGCAAGUUGGAAGGUGUUGUGGGUAGCCCAGAGAAGCCUCUAUCAGAUUUAGGAAAACUCUCAUACAGAUCGUACUGGACGUGGGUGCUCCUUGAAAUUCUCAGAGACUUCAAGGGUACCCUUUCUAUUAAGGACCUCAGCCAAAUGACGAGCAUCACACAACAGGACAUCAUUUCAACACUACAGAAUAUCAACCUCGUCAAGUACUGGAAAGGCCAACAUGUAAUAUGUGUGACACCAAAGCUGGUAGAGGAAUAUAUUAACUCAGCUCAGUUUAAGCGGCCAAGGCUAACAGUUGACUCAUCACUGUUGAGUAAGUACAUAUUAAGGGAAAAAUAUUGCACUGUGCAGUCGGGGUCAAAUGUUCGCUCCCGCCCAAAAUGAAGCAGCAUCGACCCCUAAUGAGAUGAAACAGUCAGGGUAAGUCAGUGCGGAGACUCAUUCCCAUGACUCAGUUUCACCACAGGAAGCGAACUUUUGCCCACGACUACCUUAAUUAUCAUUUUACUGAAACAUAUUACAGUACUUGCAUAGAACUUCUUGUAAAGAUUUAGGAAAUUUCCUUGGAUAAAACAACUAAUCACAGUAGCCAAUCAUGUAUGUUGUUUUGUGUGAUGUCACUUUUGGUGCUCAGUCUCCUUUCCCAGCCUUGGAGGAGCAGCUGAAAAUGACGUGACAGUGAUAAAGUCUACUGUUUCUAUCUAUGAUUCUGUGGGUACUGCAGGUCAUUCUUGACCAUCCUUGUGAAAUAUUUAAAGUUUAAGAAGACAGUAGGAAGCUUUCUCCACCCAUAGUGUUUGUUACAUUUACUGAAAAUUGUUGAUGUGACUUCUUAUGUUGUGGUGCCAUCAAACCUUUGCAAACAUGUUGAGGUCAGUCUAAUUGUCUUUAAAUGGGUGAAUUGCUCCUAAAAAGCAUACAAAGUGAACUAACUUUCAUAUUAUAAAUAAAAUACAUAGGACUAUAAAAUACAAAACAUAGUAAUAAUUAAAAUUUAUCACAUUCAUCUAUGUUUCAUUCAUGUCCCUCUGUUUUGUAACACAUCAGUGGGUUUUCCUUCUGUCUUUCAUAGCUAUUUUGAAAAGCCACAUUUUGGUGUGACACCCAACAAUAUCAAUAAUAGGACAAAAGCAAGGCAAAGGGUUUCUUAAUAUUGGAAAAUUGGAAAACAUUCCAUCACCUCAGGAAUGCAUAUCAAUGAGAAAUGUGGAGGCACAUGGUGAGAUGUGCUGUUCUGGUAUUUGGAACUGUAGGUAUUGGACUUGAUGCCUACAUAGAGACAAGGCUACAUCAUCAUAAUUUUGCCCUGGGUACCAUUUCUAUUCUGUCUAAUUACAGAUCAUUGGACUCUUUUAACAAAAUUGGGUAAAGUCUUGACUUGCAAACUGCUGGUAUUAGGUGUAUAUAGAUAGAGGUGGAUGGUAACAAAGCAAAAUUACAUUGUUACUGAGCUCAAAUGACUUUCUUGAAUAACAAAGUUUCUUUGAAAAUGCCCGGUAACUUUUUCCUCUCUGUUUUUACUUGUUUACCAUUUCAGACAAUUAUCAACACUCUGACUUCAUUAUUUAUUUUUUCAAGCAACUCAUUAACUUAUUUUUGUUUUCUCAGCUUUGAGUGUGUGAUAUUUUCCCAGGCAAUCAGAACUCAGUGAUUUUGCAACGUACCUCCAGUCAAUCAGAACUCAGCAUUGACUGCACGCUGUCUUGCCAACCCCAAAAGAGCUGCAAAAUGUAGCAAAAACUUUGAAGUUUAGCUUUUAUUAAGGUUACAUUUAAAAGUCUUGCCAUAAACAGUAGUGUAUACUGAACCAGAUAAAUUGAUGAGUUUAUAUACCUCAUUAUGUACUAUACUACAGUAGAGGUGUACGGUUGUUGAGUGGAUACAGCGCUCGCCUCCUGUUCCAGGGGUCGGUGGUUCUAUUCCUGAGCACUCCCAGGUGUAAAUGGGUACACAAGUUUACAACUUGGGGUCAAGAGCAGUCCCAGUCAUGGUGCCUCCUUAUGUACCGAAGGCUUAGUAUACAAUAUACUAUGUCUACACUGUCCCUAAUGGGUAGUCACGUCUAUGGGACCCACUUUCACUUUUAUGUAGUACAGUAUUGUAUAUGUAAUUAUGUACCAAAUAUGUAGAUAUUGAUGAUUUAUUUUUUUUAAGCAAAUAAUGUUGUGAAUCAUUUAAUAUGUACACUCGCUACAGAAAGUACAGUAUCUUCAAGGUGGGGUGUGAUGGAUGUCAGAAUUAAUAAUAUGACUCCUGUUGUUUCAGUAUGGUUGUCAAAAUUAUUCUUCCAUUGUGUCAUAUUGUCUAGCAAAAUAUUUUGUAGAUACUUUUUGUAGCGAGUGUACCUAGUACAUUAUUGUUAUUAGGACAUUUUUGCCUACAAGCUACAGGCAUCAACCUGGUGAAUUAGAAUUAUCUGGUUUGUUAAGUACAGUACAGUAUUGGCACUACAUUACUGUAUGUCUUAAUUCUUAGACAGUUUCUUAGUGCAAUGGUAUUUUGAUUCUGAGUAUACUGUACUUGAGUACUUUAUAAACUUAUUACUGUACUUUUACUUGAAGUAACAUGAAGAAAGACUAUUUACUUUUAUUUAAGUACAGUACAUUUUUAUCAGAGGCAUAUUACUUUUAUCCAAGUUAUGUUUUGCAAUACUUGAUCCACCAGUGCCUAUAGAUUGGCUUGUUCAGGUUCAGUUUACAUAAAAUAAAUUUAUAAGAUAAAAAACGAUUGUUGUUUUAAGUGCCUGUUGGAAAAUUCAUUUAUGUAAUGCUACCAGUCUCUCGGGUAGUCUGCCCCCCACAAACCCUUCAUUGUCCCUCAACAUGGAGGCAUAUUUAUACCUUUACAGGUGUGGUUAUGGGACAUAGCAAUUUUACCCUGCCCUACUUCAUGAAAUAUUAACUUACGAAAAUAAUUCUUCUGCUGAAAUUUUAUAAUUCAGUCUGGUUUGUCAUCUACUUCAGCAAUUUUAUGAUUUU